AUGUUUUCACUUGUAAUUCUUUGGGGGCAUGACCUAGAUGUCAAGCAGCCAGUAUUCAUAAUCGUCUCUGGAAUUCGUAUAAGAACAGCAACAUUCAUCAUGUCCGACAACUCAAACCCUACGUACCAUGCAAUAUACGUAUCUGGAAAUUUUGAAAUAGAACAAAAGCUCUCACCAAACCACGGAUGGCGAUCCGAAUACCGAACAUAUGUCACUUACAUAGGUUGUGGUGGCGUGGACCGUGAUCAACGCUUACUUUAUGAAAUCAAAGCCAAGGGAUAUAGCUCUCCUACUUAUAUGUUGUCUCAGAAUUACAUUUACUACCUACGAGGUUCUUUUUUCCCCUCGAACACUCCUGAAACUGAUAACGAUCAGCUCUUGUUUGAGGGUAGCAACGCGAAUGUAAUGUCCGCUUGCGAGGUCUGCCAAGCGGACUUGGUAGACUUGGUUAGUGUCACGUCUCUCGGGAUUGUCAUUGGUAUAGACACAAUUGUGGAAAAGUGCUGUGAUAUGUUAAGAAAUUCCCCUACCCAGGGCGAAAUCCGUACGACUGUUUUGACCAUUCAACAUGCAGACUAUCACCCAAUUCUGAAGUCUAGACGGGUCUGCAAGAUGGAGUACCUGGUCCGCCCCACCCGCGCUCUCUCUGGAAUUGUUGACUCAAUCACAGUUGGGCGAGAAUGCCAUAUCCAUGGGUAUAUCAAGGAUUUUAAUCAGGACACCGCUUGCUAUGUGGUAAUCGAACAACAUUCGGCGUCAGCCGCGACUUCAAGUUUGGAGCCUUUGACAGGUCAAUCCAGAAAGCCACCAAAGUUCGUUGUGAAAAAGAUCACUUCUCGCGCUGAUUUUCCUGCGGACAAGGCGGCUGUUGAAUUGGAAGGUGAGAGUGUUGGGUUACGUAACUGUGCCUCCCAAUUGCCUCUGUCCCCUGGCCCAUCAGGUUCCCCGGCUUCUACCUGGACAAGCCCUGCAUGCCCCCAAGGGCAGUACCUGCGGAAGUCAAAAAGCGUGCCCGAUAUCACCCAAAAGGAAGUUGUCCACCGGUUCCGGUGA